AUGGAGUCAAACUCUUCGCUCGCGUCGCAACUUCCGUUAGACGUACUACGGAUUAUAUUUAUAUAUGUCCGUAAGGCAGGAAAGAAUCCAAAUAAAUAUGAUCGUGAUGCUCGCCGAAGCCUACACUCAUGUCUUUUAGUUAACCGGCAAUGGUGUCAAGCAGCUGUUCCUAUCCUCUGGCGGAACUCUUUCUAUUAUUGUAGUCUUGGAAAUUCUAGUUUAAUAGAUAGCUAUAUUUCUUGUUUCAACACCGAUGAACGUAGCGAGCUCACAUCUAAAGGUUUUAUCCUCAAAAGAUCGCCGCGUUAUCGACGUUCUACAUUUCCGUACGCGGCAAUGCUUAAACGAUUGGAUUAUGAUAGAUUUUGUGGUUCAGUUGAUCUUUGGUGUAGUUGUACAGAUCAAGAACCUUAUAAUGCCAGAGUAUUACUAAUGCGAGCGUUACUUCGAUUAUUUUUAACACGUUCGGUAAUUUUAUUGCAUCUUGUACUUGGUGAAUGGUUUGAAAAAACUACUACUGACUUGAAGUAUCGAAGAAUUAUUGAAGACGAAUUUCAAAAUUUACUUGAGCCGGACAAAUUAUUCGUUUAUUUAUCACAUUCAUCUCGAAAUGGUAACUACAAAGAUGAGUCAUUAUCAUUACAAAAAAUAAUUGAAUCCCAAACUCGACUCAAAUCUCUUAAACUCGGUAACGUGCCAUUGUCUGCCUUACUUCCCGUGCUACCCACCCAAUCUAAGUCCUUGCGCAGCAUUAAUUUAUUGGAUGUUACUUUUAACGAUAACAUACCAUGGGCCGAUCUUUUUGAAUGUAAAAAUCUUGAAAAAAUUAAAUUUCGUGAUUGUAUAGGAUUUGGUAAGAAUAUGAUAAAUUCAUUUACAUCGGCAAUUUUUCCGAAAUUAAAAUUACUUGCGAUUGUCGGAGAGUGUAGAACUGAGGAUGGAGAGCUCUUAACCAAAGAUGAUUGUCAUAUGCUAGUUGAGUGGGGCCUUGAACAAGGAGCUCUUGUUACAGUUGGAAAUUGGGAUUGUGUCGAUGGAUGGGUAAAAUUCGGACAGACUGUGUAUGAAUUUGCGUUUUUGUGGGAAUAUUCAGAAAGAUUUAAUAAUAUUUAUCGACAAUAUUUGGAUUGUUUAUCCAAGAGAACCGAAGAAUUUCAAGAAUUUAU